AUGGCGGCGGCGGUGGCCGGAGCGCGGAAGUGCGGAGAGCCGGGGGAGUUGGGCGAGCCGGACCGCCGGGCCCUGUACUUCUGCGGAAGCAUCCGCGGCGGACGCGAGGACAGGGCGCUGUACGAACGGAUCGUCUCACGGUUGCGGCGCUUCGGAGUAGUGCUCACCGAGCACGUGACGGCCGCCGAGCUGGACGCGCGCGGGGAGGAGGCUGCUGGAGGUGACACACUCAUCCAUGACCGGGACCUGGCCUGGCUGAAGCAGGCAGAUGUGGUUGUAGCAGAAGUGACGCAGCCGUCCUUGGGUGUUGGCUAUGAGCUGGGCCGGGCCGUGGCUCUCAACAAGCGAAUCCUGUGCCUGUUUCGCCCACAGUCUGGCCGAGUGCUUUCAGCCAUGAUCCGGGGAGCAGCUGACAGCUCACAGUUUCAGGUGUGGGACUAUGAAGAGGCAGAGGUGGAGGCCAUGCUGGAUCGAUACUUCGAGGCUGCACCUCUCCAGCACGUGGCUGCCUCCCAUGACCCAACUGCUUGACUUAAUCCCACUUUAUUCAGUUCUUCUGGUCCCAGACACUGCUCUAAUACCAUUCCUGAUCUUAGUCCCAGUACUGAAUUAAAAGAUAUGUUUAAAAUUCUAA